GAGGAGGCGAGGAGGAGACGGACUUGGGAAAAGCAGCUCGUCCUAAACUCGAUAGCUGCAUUAGCUACACGGAUUAGCGGCAGCUUUAGGGGUUAUUGCUAACAUAUGAUAGUGUUUCCACUUGUUCAUUCAAGUCAUUUCGACGGGAGAAGGUUGUUUGGCCCACUUUGGAGAGGGCUAACAAGGCGGAGGGAGCCUCGGUUGUUUCCCUGUUGGAGCGGACGGAGCUGCCCCGCCACUAUCGGCAGAAACGGAGGUUUACACGCGGAAUAUAACAACAAAAUACACGUUUUCAGCCUCCCGUUUCCGCGGUAGGAGAAUCUAAAUGAUUAUUUCAACAUCGUUUUAAAGCUAUGCGAUCGAGGGUGUCGAGGAGAAGUUUGAUCGGAGAGCGAAGUGCGCUUGAUUUCCAAUCCGAUGGAUGUUAGCCCUGCCCGGCUGUGGCUUGGCUCUCUGCUCCGCUGCUGUGAGAAUAACACAACAACAACAACAACAACAACAACAACAACAACAAGUCUCUUCAUAACAAUGCUGCACACACAAGUAUAUGACAACCCCGGCUUGAAUGCCAACAAGACAGCCUCCGUUGCUUGUCUCUAAACCUGGAAAUACCUCCAACCAUCCCCUCCGCUUCUUCUUCACCCCUCCUCUUCCUCCCUUCUUCUUCUUUUGGACUGGUAAGGCUUGCAUUGCCUGGGAUUUGUGGAUUUAUCCCUCGAUAUUGACAUUUUGAAGAUGUCCUUUUUGCACAGACAGAGCUCGGUGGAGCAGCAAGACAUUUAAUUUGACUCUUGAAUUUGAGAUUUGUGGGCUUUUUUUUUGUUUUUGCUUUUUUAAAUUCUCUUUCUAGUGAGAGGAUCAGAUUCGGAUGGAAAAUGGGAGACGCCACCAAACUGGCCUUCGCCGUUUUCCUCUUCUCCUGCUCUUCAGGUGCCAUCCUGGGACGCUCGGAGACGAAGCAGUGCGCCUACUACAACUCCAACUGGGAAAAGGAGCGAACCAACCGCAGCGGCAUCGAGCCUUGCAGGGGCGAGGAAGACAAGCGGCGCCACUGUUUCGCCACGUGGAAAAACGUCUCCGGUGCCGUGGAGGUGGUAAAGCAAGGCUGCUGGCUGGACGACGUCAACUGCUACGACAGUAGCGAGUGUUUGGAGAAGAAGGAGAGCCCUGACGUCUUCUUCUGCUGCUGUGAAGGCAACAUGUGCAACGAGAAGUUCCUGUACGCCCCUGAAGUGCCCCAACCGGGAGCACCGCAUCAUUCUACCGCCUACACCACCUCCAACCCAUUUUCCCAGAAGCCCCAGCUGUUCAGCACUCUGCUGUACUCCCUUGUUCCCAUCAUAGGCCUGGCCGCCGUGGUCCUCUUCUCUUUCUGGAUGUGGAGGCAUCACAAACUGGCCUACCCCGCCGCCCUCGUCCCCACACAUGACCCCGGACCCUCACCCCCGUCCCCCAUCCUGGGACACAAGCCGCUGCAGCUGAUCGAGGUGAAAGCCAGGGGGCGCUAUGGGUGUGUGUGGAAGGCCCAGCUCCUCAACGAUUUUGUGGCCGUUAAAAUCUUCCCCAUUCAGGACAAGCUCUCGUGGCAGAACGAGUACGAGAUCUUCAGCCUGAGCGGCAUGAAACACGACAACAUCCUCCACUUCAUCGGAGCGGAGAAGAGGAACAAUAACCUGGACCUGGAGCUGUGGCUCAUCACCUCCUACCACGAUAAGGGCUCCAUGACGGAUUUCCUGAAGGCCAACGUGGUGUCGUGGAACGAGCUGUGCCACAUCACUCAGACGACGGCCCGUGGCCUGGCUUACCUGCACGAAGACAUCCCGGGACACAAGGACGGACACAAACCCUCCAUCGCCCACAGGGACAUUAAGAGUAAGAAUGUGCUGCUGAAGAGCAACCUGACGGCCUGCAUAGCUGACUUUGGCCUCGCCCUGCAGUUUGAAGCAGGGAAAUCAGCCGGAGACACACAUGGACAGGUGGGGACGCGGCGCUACAUGGCUCCUGAGGUCCUAGAGGGCGCCAUCAACUUCCAGCGCGACUCCUUCCUGCGCAUCGACAUGUACGCCUUCGGCCUCGUCCUCUGGGAGCUCGCCUCGCGAUGCACCGCCGCCGACGGCCCUGUGGAUGAGUACAUGCUCCCGUUCGAGGAGGAGGUGGGUCAGCAUCCGUCUCUGGACGACAUGCAGGACGUCGUCGUUCACAAGAAGCUGCGGCCCAUCCUGAGAGACUGCUGGCAGAAACACGCGGGUCUGGCCAUGCUCUGUGAGACCAUCGAGGACUGCUGGGACCACGAGGCGGAGGCUCGCCUGUCGGCCGGCUGCGUAGAGGAGCGAAUUGGCCAGAUGCAGCGCCAGGCGCCCGCCAUCGGCCCCGAGGAGAUCGUCACCGUCGUCACCAUGGUAACCAACGUGGACCUCCCGCCCAAGGAGUCCAGCUUAUGAUUGACGUGAAGACACACGGAUCAACACGAGGGGAAGAGCAGCCAACCCUGGUUGGUUGGCGUAACGAUUUUUUGUUCUUUCCUUUUUUCCGUUUUUUUCCUUUAAGUGCGGGCCGCUACUCGCGCUCAGGAAACACCUUGCGCCCACCUCACCACAUGAGUUGAUAUCCACCUCAUUUUGAUAUGUGUGCCUGAGGAUUUGAAACAUUUUAAAGGUUGAAACUCUCUCAUCUCCGAGCUAUCGAUUCAGGAUAUAUAACGAGGACAAACGGCGUCACCGAGUGCGGACAUGCUGGGACGACGACACUCGACCAACACUUCUACCAUGUAUUGUUUUUAUAUACAUACACACACACAUAGGAGGGCGACCCGUUCUGCUCGGUUUUUCUACGGAGAGAGAAGAUCCGGCGGGGAAAGUUCACAGGACUCUCGGUGCAUUUUAGUGUAAAAAAGAAAAAAAAAGAAAAAACCUGGCUCUGGAUACAUUUGCUGUUUUCUCGUGUGCGUUUUUCUGAAGAAACGACUAUCGUUCUGCCAAUAAGCAACGGCUUCUGAAUGUUUAUAGUGUAAUGCUGCUGUACAUAGUGUAUUAUGGACCCAGACAACUUGGUAAUCGAGCUUAUUUUAAAGGGGGAAGGGGGAGGGGGGGUCCAUUCUCAAGCAUUACAACGAUAAAAAAACCAUAAACCUCCUUCAACCAGGUAUACCUCAGUUCAGAUGGACACAGUUUAAAUUGAACCCUCUCCCUAUUCACGGUUCUCCACAACCUUCAUGAGUCUGCUGUCAGCCUCACUUAUGGGUAAUGUAGUCAGCAAGACCUCAAUACACAUGGCCAUACACACCAAGUGUUUCUCCCCUUUUCCUCCCCUCUCACGUUGAGGUUUCCUCCAUCCUGACUGAAAAAAAACACCUUUUUGUUUUUGUAUUUCUUAUGAUAAUGGGAAAAAGACAAAUGACACCCAUCCCAUGAUAAAGUUGUCGUUUAAAGUGAUUCUUUUUUUUUGGGUUUGCCGUGUCAACUGUCUACGGAGUAAUAAUAUCUGUCCUAGUUUUGGCAGUGAGAUCUGGAUAUAUACGUGUUUAUAUCUCUCUGGUUUAGCGCUGGGUACCAACUACUGAUACCUUUGAUAUUAAGGAACAGCUCAAAUCAGACGGUAGAACACGCUUGUCAUUUUCAUCUUUAUGUGCUGAUUCUAUCUUUAGAAAGUGCAGGUUAACAUAAAAUAGAUCAUCCGACUUGUCUAUUUUAGGAGAGGUAUCACAUUUUGAAGUGAAGGGGUACCCAGCCCUCAUUUGGAUUAUUCCAACCUGUAUUUAGCUGAGCCGGUUUGCUUUUGAUUUGAUUGCACACAUCUUUAAUUUGUUUUGGAUUACUAUCAAGAGUUUUCUGCUCUGUUUUGAUACACCUCAGGAAUCUUUGGUACUCAGCUCCUCCUCACCUAAGCCCCCCCCCGCCACCUCGCUGAUUCUUCCACUUCCUCUCACUUGGCACUUGUAAUGCUUUCACGCUACAAAAAUGUGUCUUUAUUACCAGUCCGAAUUCAAUUGAAACACUAAUCCCACAUAUGAAACUGUAAGCUUUUACUAGUUCUUGCCCUUCCCUGUUUUGAUUUAAGUCUGAAAGAAAGUUUGUCAAAUGUUACCCAAACACUUAUUUGUUGUCCCUUUUGUCUUCUGUCUCGACAAGCAAGCCAAAAAAGCUACUUUUAUUUUCUCCGUCUCCCCGCUGUCUUUCUCACUAGUUCCCUAAACUAGCUGGUGUGUUUUAUGACAAUUUUCAAAGUUAACAGAUUUCACAAAUUAACUAUGUGAUCAUUUGUAGACAUGAACUGCCAGUUAGGGGCAGUUUAAUUCUCCCCACACUGGGCUUAAUUUAACUCAUUUCAAUCGUGUUAAACCAAACGAUCGCACGGCUAACCGCAGUCAGACGAGGAAUCUCUCUUUUCAUCCUGGUGCCAUUUCUAAGUAUCCAUAUUAGUUACUCUUGUAGAUGUCAGGCAAAACGGAUGUAUCUGUCACAGUGGUGCAAGCCACAGUGACAUUUUUGACUCUUUAUUUCUUCUGAGGGACAUUGAACACUGGUGACCUGCAGUCUCUCCUCAAGCUUUGGGAACGGUUUCACAGGACAGUUUAAAAUCAAGUGUUUGGAAACACUAAAAAAAACACAAGGACACUACCACACUGUUUCACAUUCAGGGCCGAUUCAUAAUUAUGCUUUCUUUAUCUUCAAGCAAACGCCGUACUGUAGUGUUUGAGCAAAUAAGAGCUUAGCAAACAAGUUCAGAAAUUGAUGAUCAUCAGAUCAAAGACUAUUGCAACAACACAGCAAACCUGAAGGAAGUUAAAGCCAUCUUGUUAUUUGCCCACUGUAGCACGAUAACGAUAUUUGCAUCAAUGUUGCUUCCUUUUGUUGCCGCUUUAAUGAACUGCUAAAGAAAAAAAAGUAUUUGUCUGAAGUCCUCUUGAAGCUUAAAGUCAGGAAGGAUCAGCUCAGCAGAACCUCUGCUCUACCUCACCUUAUUUGGGGAAGGGAGUGUGGCAAAUGAACCAAAAUCAUAACCACGUUCCUCGGAUAGAAGUUUAAAAAGCCUGUUUGGGGGAUUAUUUCUGAAUGUAAACUCCCCUUUCUUUCCAUAUGAAAUGAAUUGCGGAAGCUAAAUAAGGCAAAUGACCUAAAACGGACCUGCAAGCUAGCACAAACACAGAGGAAAAAACACCAGUAUUACCUUUUUCCCCCGAGUUUGUGUCCAAAAGUAUAAAAAGUACUCACCAGUAUUACAGCAGCCAGAGUGUUUGGUUGGCACUACUGUAGGUAGACGGUGGAAGAUCUCCAGUGUUAAGACAAAGCUUGAGUUUAAACUGCGCUUGAGAAACCGACCCAAACCAACAAACACCAUUCAGGGAUUCAGUACUAUGCUUUUCUAAGUUCUAGCAAGUUAUAUGCAACCAGUGCCGCAAAUUACCCUACAGUGCUGUAGGAUCCUCUGCAGGAGUGACUUUCAAUACACACACACACACAAUUAACUUGUAGCAUUUUAAUUUUUUUUAAAUCCUUGCAUAUUGAUAUGUUGUAUUUAUUUUUUAAUUUACAGGCCUGAGGUUUUGGGGAUCGGAGUUUAGGUCCGACAAGAGUUGGCACCAUUUCUGGUUGAUGUUUGGGGGGGGUGGUUGUGGGUGGGUGUUCAGUUGUAAUUCAGGAAAUACUUUCAUUAAGUCAAAAAGAAAAGAUAUUAACUGUAAAACGUUCUUCUUUCUAUGGACAAACGACCGAGAAUGAAUGUUCUUCAGAAUCCUGGAUUCCAGUAUUGUGUGUACUGUGGUGGAUCGAGCCCGGCCCGGUGUAACUUUAGAGGGCUUCGGCUCGUGUGAUUGUGCCCUGUCGCCGUAGAAACUAGUAAAACCAACACAUUAGGAGAUCCAUUCAUACACUUAAUUGGUUUUACAAUUACCUACUGAAGAUUUGAUUGAGUACCUGCUCUAAUCAGAAAGAAAAGGAACAGUUACGGCAAAUGAUGUGCUUUCUUUUGGUUGAAAAUGAAAUAUUUAACUACAUAAUCAUAAGGCGGAUGUGCAAACAAGUGUUCUCCACACACCAACUGGUAUUUAUUAAGACAGAAAGUGGGCAUCAUGCAUACAUGAGAUGUGUGUUAUAAAACAAGUAUGAGAUUGCAUUCUAAUAAGUUGAAAGAUAGGUAACGUUGCUUUUAGGUUGUUUGCUAAUUUCACUGAUUGUGUUAUUAGUCCACACAGCAUUCUGUAACAUUUUAUUUUAACGCACAUUUAUACAAUUAUUUAAGGAUGAUUUUUUUUUUUUUGAUAAUUAAGGCAAUCAGUCUUUUCUGUCGAUGUUUUCAUUUAAAGGUGUAUGAAUGGGUUUCCUUAGCAUGCAGGGUUUACGUUUUUCUAUCUCGACUUUCUCUAGCCCAGCACCUCACAUUGCUGUGCAUAUAAACUACCAGUGAAACAUUUGUGUCUUGUUGCCCCCACUAUUUUAAGCAGUCUAGGAUCUGUACAGACAUGAGAACAUAAAUACCUGUAUCAACUAUAUACUCUGAGCUGAAUCUUUGUGUGUGUUGAACUUCAGUGUUUCCUCUACAUUCAUUUAUAUUUUUCUUGUGUUUUGACUCGCCAGCAGGGCAUGGCCCGGCUGCAUUCAAAGUUAUCCUUUAUACGAAAAAAAUAACUUUAAGUUGAGCUUUGUGUAAGCUAAAAGCUAGAGGCUCAUUGGAGUACUUUGUAAGGCAUCCAAGAAAGCACUUAAGGGUUCCUUGGCAGAAAAAACAAACAGCUAAUGACGAUCAUUGAGCCCAGGGCGUUCCUCAAGGAGCCUACUCGGGUCCCCUGUCGGUUGCAUUUUGAAGAAUCCCCAAAGCUCUUAAAAAUCUGUUGCAAUACUCCAUGUGUGAUAAUGCAAUCACCCACUACGGGUAUUUCAUUCCAGCAUCUCAAUCUCCUCCUUUUCCCACUGUUGAUAAGAAUUAUAGAGGAAACAUUGAACUCCAAUGACCUCGCCGCUAUGACUGUCUUGGCCGUAAGAUGAGUCUGGUUGCCAGGCCGGAAAUUUCUACAAAAAAAUCCCCCCUCGAAAACAAAUGUUUUUGACCCCCUCGUUUCUCAAGGCCCUCGAGUUGCAGUGCUGGUCCAGGAUCUGCCAACACAUGCUCUAAUGAUAUUGAUGCUCAUCGGGUUUCUGGUUUUAGAAUACUUAUAAAUAUAAUUCUUUAGGGACCCAAAAAUGAAAGUGGGUUGUGAAAAAGAAAUCGGAAAAUGUCUCGUUUCUUACUCCGGAUUCAUGUGACAUUACAUUGUAUGUUACUUACAAAAGGAUGUGAACAUAGAACAUGACAUUAACACCUGGAAGGAGUUAGUACAACACAAAUAUACCACAUGGAGAAAGGACAUUUUUGUUCUCCAUAGGUUGUGGUCCUGACCUCAUAGCUCCCAGUGAAGGGUCAUGGGAGGAUCAGAGAAAAGACAAUUCCCUUCGCAAAGUAUUAAAGCAGAAUAAACCUUAAGAAACCCUGAAUGCAAUAUCACAGAGGAGAUUUAAUCGAUCCCUGAUCAGCGUUGCAACUCUCGGUUAAUGGUUUUUAUCAGCUGAAGUGAUCCACGUGAUGUAAAUAAAUGUGUUUUUAGAUUGUGA